AUGAUGCUGUCAACGGUGACGACAAGGGCAGCCGCAAGGAUGGGCGUAAAGCUGUUCACACGACCGGUCGUCUCUCCGAUUCGUCUCACAGACUCAUUCCAAGUGCACUACAGUGGAAAUGCUGGUUCAGCGGUCGCACAGAACACAUUCCCGGCGACGGUACGCGGCACACAGGAGAAAUGGAUAAAACGGUUCGAAUCGGAAGCAAUCCCCGAACCGGAAACGUCCAUCGUUAACAUCAUCGCGCACGUGCUCGAACUGUCCGGUCCGUCGGAGGUUGGAAAUCAUCAAAAUUCAUCACUGAACGAUGCUCAGAUGGCAAAAAUAGAAGAACUGUGCGAAUGCCGGCUGGCACGCAUGCCAAUACAGUACAUCAUUCGUGAGUGGGAUUUUCGCGAUUUAACGCUAAAAAUGAUUCCGCCCGUGUUUAUACCGCGACCGGAAACGGAAGAACUGGUCGAGCUGAUAUUGCAGCAGAUGGAGAAUCAGGAGGAAACACUGUUCCUCGAGAUCGGCUGUGGGACGGGUGCGAUAAGUCUUUCGCUGUUGAAACAUGCGCCGAAGGCCUCUGCGAUAGCGAUCGAUCAAAGUCGAAUUGCCUGUGAGCUAACGCGCGAAAAUGCCGAAUCGGUCGGUUUGAUGGAUCGGUUGCGAAUAUUCAAGCACAAACUGGUGGACGAUUUGCCACAGGAACUGCACACGCAAAUGUUCGACAUGAUCGUCAGCAAUCCUCCAUACGUUCCCUCGAUUCUUAUCCCUACGCUCGAUCCGGAGGUUAAAAUCUACGAAGAUCUACGCGCACUGGACGGUGGCAAUGAUGGUUUAACUGUGAUAAAAGCCAUUCUACGGAUAGCCGGCAAACAUCUGAACAAAGAUGGCGUCCUGUGGCUCGAGGUGGAUAGCUCACAUCCGCCAGUGAUUGAGGAGUUUCUGACAAAGCACGGCGAUCUGAUGGGACUACGAUUCGUCGCAUCGUACAAGGAUCUGUUUCAAAAGGAACGAUUCGUUGAGAUAGUUAAGUUGUAAGAUGACCG